UUGAUCCCUUGGAUCGCAAAACAAAGAAAAAAGCGGGCGGGACCUUUUUGAACUCUCUCUCUCUCCCCCCGAAUCAAUCACUGUCGUUAUCGUUUAUCUUUCUUCCUGUCUCGGGCACUGGAGAUUUCGGCGGUUGUGAUCCUCAGAUCUGUUCGGUUGCUUGUUUCUCUGCUCUCCGAUUGUCGGGGAAUCUCGCCUUUUCGGUGCUUGUGUCUUCGUACUCCAAUUUUUUGUCCAGAUUUGGAAUCAGAUAGAAUUUUGGCGAGCGCUCUAAAACCCUAGAUUAUUUCGAGUAAUGUGGAUGCGCGUCGAGAAAUUUUGGUUCCUUCUGUGUAAACUAUGUAUUUAAAAGUUCCUUUUUGCUCUUGUUGUUUUGGAUUCGACCUUAGUCGAGAAUUCGAGGGGUUUUCUUCUGCGGAAGGCCGAAUGUCUGGAGAUAAGUGAAGGGUUUCCUGGGAUUUGAAGUUUUGGUGAGAUAUCGAGUUCUACAGAAUGCAGAGCAUAUCGAGCUCGGCCCCGACACCAGAGGCGAUACUUGAAUGGUUGCAGAAGGAAAUGGGUUACCGCCCGUUUGGCCCCUAUAGCGCCCCAAGCAAAUCCCAUGUGCCCUCUGCCGAUGCGAUAAGGAAGAUUUGCAGGGGAAACAUGAUACCCAUUUGGAAUUUUUUGAUUAACCGAGUGAAAUCUGAGAAGACCGCUGCGAACAUCAGGAGGAAUAUUACAGUUCAUGGGGGCAGUGGCGAAACUAGCACUGAUAGUUCUGUAAAUACCGAGAAGGAGGGUAGGAGUAAAGGGAGGCGAAAAACGAAAGCUGUGGCUGGGGAGAGUUCGAACACAGCAGAGAGCAGAGAGGCUGCAUUGCAGGAGAGGGAAUUGGCUGCAAAGGAGGUGGAGAGAUUGAGAAAUAUUGUGAGGAGGCAAAGAAAGGAUCUGAAGGCUAGAAUGUUGGAGGUUUCGAGAGAAGAAGCAGAACGAAAGAGGAUGCUUGAUGAGCGGGCGAAUUAUAGGCAUAGACAAGUGAUGUUGGAGGCUUAUGAUCAACAAUGUGAUGACGCAGCAAGAAUAUUUGCUGAGUAUCACAAAAGGCUACAAGUCUAUGUUAACCAAGCAAGGGAUGCUCAACGGUCAAUUGUUGAUUCUUCUAGUGAAGUAUCAAGCAGCCUUAGCAUUAACAUUGAGAGGGAAGCUGUUUAUUCCACUGUCAAAGGAAGUAAGUCUGAUGAUGUCAUUCUCAUUGAAACAACCCGAGAACGAAAUAUCAGGAAAGCUUGUGAAUCGCUUGCAUCAUACAUGAUUGAAAGAAUACGUAACUCCUUCCCCGCUUACGAAGGAAAUGGAAUUCAUUCACAUCCAGAGCUGGAAGUUACGAAACUGGGCUUUGAAUAUGAUGGAGAAAUAUCCAAUGAAAUAAGAACUGUUAUUGUGAAUUGUCUGAGGAGUCCUCCUCUACUGCUUCAGGCUAUUGAUGCAUACACCACACGUCUAAAGACCCUAAUAUACAGAGAAAUAGAGAAGUCUGAUGUCAGAGCUGAUGCCGAAACAUUAAGAUACAAGUACGAGAACAACCAUGUAACGGACAUAUCUUCUGAUGUGAGCUCUCCUUUAAGUUUUCAAUUCAAUGGUAACGGGAGGAUAAAUACAGAUACUCAUUCCAAAGGAUCUAACAAUCAGCUCCUUGAAAGACAGAAAGCACAUGUUCAACAAUUUCUGGCUACUGAAGAUGCUAUAAACAAAGCUACUGAAGCAAGGGACUUAUGUCAGAAGCUUCUAAAACGUUUGUACGGGAGUGCUGACACAGUUUCUUCACAUUCACUUUCUGGAGGCACAUCACAUAAUGUUGGCAAUCUUAGGCAGUUUGAGUUGGAAGUUUGGGCCAAGGAGAGAGAAGCUGCUGGAUUGAGGGCUAGUUUAAACAUAUUGAUGUCUGAAAUACAAAGGCUAAAUAAAUUAUGUGCCGAAAGGAAAGAAGCCGAAGAUUCUUUGGAAAAGAAGUGGAAGAAAAUCGAAGAGUUUGAUGCUCGCAGAUCUGAACUUGAGACCAUAUAUACCACUCUUCUGAAGGCCAACAUGGAUGCUGCCGCAUUCUGGAAUCAGCAACCAAUAGCUGCAAGGGAAUAUGCAUCCGCCACUAUCAUACCAGCUUGUGAGGUUGUUGCCAACAUUUCAAUUAGUGCGAAAGAUUUUAUUGAGAAAGAAGUUUCUGCUUUCUUCCGAAGUCCUGAUAACACCCUCUAUAUGCUUCCAGCAACCCCGCAGGCACUUCUGGAGUCUAUGGGUGCUAAUGGAUCGACGGGACCUGAAGCUCUUGUCUCCGCAGAGAAGAAUGCUGCGUUGUUGACAGCAAGAGCUGGUGCCAGAGAUCCAUCAGCAAUUCCGUCUAUGUGUCGUAUCUCUGCUGCCCUUCAAUAUCCUGCAGGACUAGAGUGUUCAGAUGCAAGUUUGGCAUCAGUUUUAGAAUCUCUUGGGUUCUGUCUGAAGCUUCGUGGCUCUGAGGCAUGUAUUUUAGAAGAUUUAGCAAAGGCAAUCAACUUGGUCCAUAUACGGAAGGAUCUUGCUGAAAGUGGGCAUGCUUUGUUAAACCAUGCUUACCAUGCCCAGCAAGAAUACGAAAGGACAACUAAGUAUUGCCUGGAUCUUGCUGCCGAACAAGACAGAACAAUAACGGAGAAAUGGUUGCCGGAACUGAAGUCUGCGGUUGUAAAUGCUCAAGAGUCCUUGGAACAUUGCAACUAUGUGAGGGGUCUGGUGGAAGAAUGGUGGGAGCAACCAGCUGCAACGGUUGUGGACUGGGCUCAAGUGGAUGGCCAGAGCGUGGCUGCUUGGAAUAACCAUGUGAAACAGCUUCUUGCCUUUUACGACAAGGAAUCAUUGUAGAGAUUUUUUUAAAAAAACAGCAAGACACAGCUUCAGGUUGGUUCUGAAUCUCCAUCGACAUUUGGGCACAGCAUCAGGUACAAUUUGUAUAGAUACAAACAACUCAUCUCUCUCUCUCUCUCUCUCUCUCUCUCUGUAUAGGUUAAUUGGUUUCCUCGUUGUUGUUAGGUUUGGUGGGUCUGCUUUGCUAAUUUCCUAAUGGAACUCUAUUUCUGUAUUGGUAUGGGCAUCGGGGGGAUGUUUAAGCCAUUGGCUCUAUUUUUUUUUUUUUUUUUUGGUAUCACAAGAAGUUAUUUUAUGUAUAUAUGAAUCCUCACUGUAUGGAUCUUUGAAUUGUAUGUAAGAAGUUGUGGGAUUAAGUUUCCAUCACUGCAAGUGUCUGACUCUCA